ACCUUAUUAUUCUUGUGUUCUUUUCUCACAUUCAUGUCUUUUGAAGCAAGACUCUGUCGUGACAUAGUAAAAGAAGACUUUGGAGAGCACUCUGCAGUAACUACCUAUCACGUAUUGCUUUACCACUCACAUCUGUCUUAGUUUGUUGUUCAUGAACUCGUCUUAAAGGGUCGUUCAACACUCCAUGACUUGGCUCGAUUCACCACUUUCUCUGUGAAACGAGUGCGAGAAGUAUUGGUAGCACUUAUUCAACACAGCCUUGUUUAUUUCUCAGAACCAACAGAAGGUAAACCAAGAGACGCGACCUAUUAUGAAGUGAACACAAAUCAAAUUUUAAUGCGUUUACGCAUGGGAAGAAUGAUGCGGGUCACAGAAGAACGUUAUGGCAAGACAGGAUCUGCUAUAUGUCAACUCUUGUUCUUGAAUGGUAAAGUCAAAUUAAGUCAAGUACAAGCAUGGGCAAGAACCAACGAUACAAAAGAUAAAGAUGAGGCUACUUAUACAAAAACAUUUACCAAAAUGGCAAUGGACCAGUUUAUUACAGCUGUCUUGCCUCAACACAGUCGAUCUGUCAUGGAUCAAUUUCUGGAUGCAGAACAAAAGGAAUUAGCUAAAUACACGAUUACAACAGCAAAUGAUCUUGUCACUAUCAAAUUGACAGCAAAGAACAAUGUACAGGCAGUGUUUGAACAGAAUGAAUACAUAGGCAUCAAACGCAAGGCUGUAGAUACAUUAGCAUCUGAAGCUAAACGAUUUUCUCAAGACACUUCUUUGAAUCAAGAAGAUAAGAAAAAAGAGCUGAUCUAUGAGAUUGACCCUACUAUGUUCUUUGCUUUCAACUAUCAUAAAUAUAACCUUUAUUUUCGCAACCUAAUGAUGGCUGAUUUUGCAACUACAAAAAUCAAUAAAACAGCAGGGAUUGUUAUCAAGACAUUCUUUCGCCAUGGUCGAGACAAAAUGAAAGAUAUCAAAGAAGAUUAUUCACCUUCAACAACUGCAAGCCAUAUUGCCAACAUGUUGGAGCCUGAAGUAUUUAAGCGAGGUGAUCUUGUUCUUCCAGGCCAACCAAGUCCACCUGUCAUUCAAGUAGUGGAAGGCUAUUUCCAACUCCUUCGAUCGGGCGGUUUCUUGGCUUUACGAGAUGAAUUGGGUGCAAACCAAUAUGCAGUGAAUUUUAAGAGACUACGCUAUCUGAUGAAACGACAUAUUCUGGAGGGUUGUAUUACAGAUCGAUUUGGUGUGGCCUGUUGUCGUAUUGUAAGGAUCUUGUUGGAUAAAGGAAAAUUAGAUGAAUCUCAAAUACAAAAGUUGUCCAUGUUGCCACUCAAGGAUGUCAGGCAUAAAUUGGGUAUUCUGAUAACACACAAUCUAAUAGAAAUACAGGAAGUACCUCGUUCAGCAGAUCGUGCACCCAGUCGAUCUUUUCAUUUACUUUAUGUGUCCCUAGAGAAAUGCUUUGCUGAACUACUCCAAGAUGUGUAUCGUACCCUGGGCAACCUGCAACAACGUAAAAAUGAAGAACUCUUGAGGCGCGUUAGACUAUUGGAUAAACUUAGUCGUCAAGAUGUGAUCGAAAACAUGACACUGUUGAAUGAGAUUGAUCGAGUAGAACUGGCCAAGAUGGAAAAAGUAGUUGAAAGACUAGAGACUUCAAAGGAAAGAUUGGAUGAGAUGAUCAUGAUUCUUAAAGACUUUUAAUAAACCUUUAUUUCGUGACUGU